AUGCUGGGAGACCGGGAGCCGUCGGCUCUCAAGGGAGAUCUUUACAAGGACCUUGCAUUUCCGGCUAACGACGACUCUCUCUUUUUUAACUACUCGACUCCUCUGGCUCAUUUCAGGGGGGAGAUUUGUUGGCUGAGACCUCAGGUUUGUCUUGGGUCCUCCACACACCCUAUUUAUUGUGCUUUCGUGAUGAUUUGUGCUCAGGGCAGUUAAACGCAAUCCCACUUUCAAUACUGUUUGCAUCUGCCAAGGUUUUGGAGUAGUCAAACUGCUUCACUUCCAACCAGUGCAUGUGCUGUAACUUCCAGGUGAAAUCCAGUAACUUUUCAUACCACAAAUGUCCUGGUUUAUCCUUUGACCCGUUCCACAUCUCUGAGCACUCGAUUGUUUAGUGUGGCAACGCCUGCACAUUGGAACUCCCUGCCUCUUGAGAUCAAGCAAGCAGGCUCCUUCACUGAGGCGUUCCCAAAGUAAAGGAAAGAUUGAACUCUGAUUAAUAAGAAUACACACAGAGGCUUGAACCAGCAAGACUCUGGGAAGGGUGCGUAUAAUAAUCUCUCUCUGUGUGCCUCCAGCCCCUGGCCCAGGUCGUUUUAUUCACAAAAGAACUUUUUUACAGAGUGUUCAUAAGAACAAAUCAGAUUUCUUCUGAGCAUUUCAACAAAUCCCACGUGGGGAAAAGUUAAACUACCAAAACUAAUUAAGCACGGGUAAACAAAGAACAGAACUACAAAGAGGUACAUUUGGCAACCCCUGAGGUCAUAAACAAGCAAAACCACGUUUUAUUUUUAACAGGGCACCCCUGUCUUUAUGCAGACAUAAAGGUAAAGGUAAAGGGACCCCUGACCAUUAGGUCCAGUCGUGGCCGACUCUGGGGUUACAGCUCUCACCUCGCUUUAUUGGCUGAGGGAGCCGGCGUACAGCUUCUAGGUCAUGUGGCCAGCAUGACUAAGCCGCUUCUGGCGAACCAGAGCAGCACACGGAAACGCCGUUUACCUUCCUGCCGGAGCGGUACCUAUUUAUCUACUUGCACUUUGAUGUGCUUUCGAACUGCUAGGUUGCCAGGAGCAGGGACUGAGCAACGGGAGCUCAUCCUGUCGCAGGGAUUCGAACCGCUGACCUUCUGAUUGGCAAGUCUAACCCACAGCGCCACCCGUGUCCCUUACUAUAAAAAAAAUUUCAUGCACAUUUGAAAAACGGUGGGGAAGCUGUACUGGGAAAUGCAGGUUUGUGUUGGAUGGGGCAAGCGGAGGUUAUUUUGGUGCGAAACAAUCGGCUCCUGUCUUAGCUGGUGGAAACUUACAGUACCAUUUGUUUCUCUCCCCAGAACUUGCUUCUCCAUUCUUAAAACCUUAGGUUUAUUUUCCACCUAAGAGCAGGAAUGAGGUUCAUCUGGGAUUGCACAGCAUCUGAGGGUUGAUUUAUGACCCAUGACAGCAGCUGCCCAUUUAUAGAUAAUGAGUACCUGUAUGAUCACAGCAUUCCAGAUUUUUCCAGAGCAGUGACUUGUUACACAAUUGCCUCAUGCUUAAUUUGAGGAAAACAUGUUCCUUAACUACCAAAAAACCAGCCCAAAUUAAUAAUAAAAUAAUAAAAUUACUUACAUGAUUUGACUAAUUCUGCAACUUUUCAAAAUAGGUAGCAAGUGAAUCAGGCAGGGAGUGGGGAGCACUGGCUUAGUCACAAAUGAUGAAGUACAGAACAUGCAAUAGAAUUAUAGAAUCGUAGAGUUCGAAGGGACCCUGGGGGUCAUCUAGUCCAACCCCCGGCAGUUGCAGGAAUCUCCACCACGCAUUUGUGACAGAUGACCAUCCAGCUUCUGCUUAAAAACCUCCAAGGAAUAGAACCAACCUGUUCUGUAAAACCGCUCAAAGCAGAAUCCCAGAGCCUUGCUGUUUAAUCCUGAAAUACAAUUGGCUCUAUAAAAAGUUAGCGGUAAACUUGCACUGUUUCUUUCUUCCCACCAGGAGAUUUGUUCUACACCUCGAUUAUUUUCCGACAAUCAAUAUGAGUGGCAAGUCAAGCAAGGGAUGCUGGGAGACUGCUGGUUCCUGUGUGCCUGUGCCGCUUUGCAGAAGAGUAAAUACUUGUUGGCCAAGGUACAGGAGAGUGCUUCUCCUUUGAUUGGGAGAGGAUCCAUGUUCUUACGGUCUGGUUCUCUGCAUAUGUUUUGAACUACAACUCCCACCAGCCCCAGCCAACAUGAUGAAUGGUCAGGAAUGAUGGGAGUUUCAGUCCAAAACACUUGGAGGACGACAGGUUGCGGAUGUUUGACUCUCUAUCUGUUUUGGCACCAGGAAGUCUAGCUUGGCACAGUGCCUCUGAAACAUAAGGUGCAUUUUACUGCAUUAUUUUUAUUUUUAUUUUUAUUUAUUAAUGUCACAAUAAAAUAUGAAAUUUUUACAUAGUAAUACAUAUUACAUUAUAUUACAUUAUAUAAAUUCACAUUUUCACAUUCCAUUAUGUACCAACAUCUAGCCAUUUCUUAUUUGCUUCUUAUUUCUUGCCCUGUGUCUUCCCUCCACCUGUGCAUAACUUCUUUGUUAUUAUUUUAUAACUUUGUUAUUGUGAUUGUAUUUUUGUAUCUUAAUAAUUAAACAUACAUUCUUAUAUAUCUGUUUAACUUAACUUAACUUUGUGAAAUCAGUUUAUACAAAUCAAUAAAUUCUUGUUGGUCAUGUAGUCUUCUACGCAUUUCCAUUCCUGUUUGAGAUUUUGAUUAGAUUGCAUUCUAAUUGUUGCCCUCAUUUUUGCUAAUUCAAUCAUUUCAAAAAAUUGAUGUCACCAAUCUUUCAUUGAUGGUACUUCUACUUUUACUGCAUUAUUAUUACCUGAUUGAUUCAAAACAGGUCCUUUAAAUCACUCCAAAUCUCACCACUGAUUCCCAGUCAGAUUAAACUUCACAUAUUAAGCAGAAGUUUCUGUUUAGGAAAUGAGAGGAAGAAUGGAUAUGGAUGUCUGGCCAAGGUGUGUUUGGAAGAGUAGAGAAGGGGCCAUAAGUUACCAAAGCACUGCCCUGCUCCUUGUGCAAUUUCCCCAGGUUGCACAUAUGCUUUUAAGAUUUUUUCCUAUAGCCAUAAGGACUAGAAUCUUGCUAUGUUUUAAGAAGGCAGGAAGGAAAGGAGUCUUCGGGCGCCUACACCCUCAAGCAGCAAGCCCACAAAUGCAUAAUGCAAAAGCCUUUGCCUGCUCCUGUUGCCUCUGACUUGCUCUUGUUUUGUUCUCGCAGGUGAUACCUCCGGGUCAGCCCAGCUGGAGAGAUGAGAAAUACAGAGGCUGUUUCACUUGCCGGGUCUGGCAAUUUGGGCACUGGGUGGAGGUGACCAUAGACGACCGCCUACCUUGCCUGGGGGGCAAACUCUGCUUCUCGCAGUGCCAGACAGAAGAUGUGUUUUGGCUCCCUCUGCUGGAAAAGGCCUAUGCCAAGUACGUGUGGAGGGACCUGCCCUGGAGGGGAUUGCAAACCGGGUGCCUGGCUGCACAGAUGCACACAGCAAUUUUCAAACAAGUCUUGGUUGCGCUGAGUGUUCCUUUUGUGUGUGAUCUUCCACACAUGGAAGUGGUCGGAAGAACCCUGAAGGGGCGUAAACAUUUGAAAGCUUGCCUGGCUUCAUUACUUUGACACCGGGAAUUAAUACAAAAUGAGAGGAUUUCCCUGAUAAUUCCCUAAGGGCAAACAGCUCACCUUUAAGGACUGACAAUCAGUCCAUUGUGUUGCCUUGUUCCUCUUUGGGCAGAGCCAAGUGACAGGCCAAACAUUUGCCCUCUAGGGGCUCAAAAGGUCUCCUUAACUUCUGGGAGAGAAACGAGCCCAGAAAUCCCAGGAACUUAAUUAUAGGACAACAGUUCCUAUUGUGACUUACCUGCUCCUUUUUUUUUUUUUUUAAUACAGUGGUACCUCGGGUUAAGUACUUAAUUUGUUCCGGAGGUCUAUUCUUAACCUGAAACUGUUCUUAACCUGAAGCACCACUUUAGCUAAUGGGGCCUCCCACUGCUGCUGCGCCGCCGGAGCACAAUAUCUGUUCUCAUCCUGAAGCAAAGUUCUUAACCUGAAGCACUAUUUCUGGGUUAGCGGAGUCUGUAACCUGAAGCGUAUGUAACCCGAGGUACCACUGUACAUUUUUAUUAAUUUUUAACAUAUUAAUUCCAACAUUCAUACAACAUAACUUCUCAUCCUAUACAAUAUUUUUGGACUUCUGUCAAUGCUUCUGAUGAUUUUCCAUUAUUUAUCAUAUAUUAUACAUUUCUUGGGACGCGGGUGGCGCUGUGGGUAAAACCUCAGCGCCUAGGACUUGCCGAUCGCAUGGUCGGCUGUUUGAAUCCCCGCGGCGGGGUGAGCUCCUGUCGUUCGGUCCCAGCUCCUGCCCACCUAGCAGUUCGAAAGCACUCUUAAGUGCAAGUAGAUAAAUAGGGACCGCUUUAUAGCGGGAAGGUAAACGGUGUUUCCGUGUGCUGCUCUGGUGCAGGCUUGCCAGAGCAGCUUCGUCACGCUGGCCACGUGACCCGGAAGUGUCUCCGGACAGCGCUGGCUCCCGGCCUAUAGAGUGAGAUGAGCGCAUAACCCUAGAGUCUGGCAAGACUGGCCCAUACGGGCAGGGAUACCUUUACCUUUACCUUUAUGCAUUUCUUAAUUUCGUAUUACCUUUAAUACCCUUAACUAAUAAUUCUUCUCAUUGUCUUUUUUGCUAUAUUUCAAAUAAUUCACCUUACAAAACUUCUUGCAAAGACUUACCUGCUACUGUUGAUGGGGUUCUCCCAGUGGAUAAAAUCAAGAAAAAUUAUGCAUUGUACAGUUUUAAAACAAGCCCCUGUUGAAUUAUGGGUUGUGGAAUUGGCUUGUUAAACUGGCCAGGGUUUGUGAUGAAACACCACUCUUGGUUCACACUCAAGAAGAAGCUAAGAUUAGGAGGAACUGGAAGGAAAUGCUGGCCCAGUCACUCUCCCAGCAGCAUGGGAGUAACUUUUGUGGGGAGUGUUUGGGCCCAAGGCCUGGCUCAGCCUCAUUUCCAUUCCUGUAUGCAGUACUAAACCAUGGUUUAGUGUUACAUGCAAACGUGGCCUGUGUGUCCUUUGCAGCCCUUGUUUUCUUUUCCAGAAUUGCCCUUAGCUGUGCUUUCUGCUUAGUGAGGACUGAAUUUGUGGAAAAGUUAGUUACCUCUUCAGAUUUUUCUAAACAAAAAUCUUUUCAGCAGGAUUCUAGAUGCUUUCCAAAUCCGGUGCACUUAUUUUUCUUCCUUACAAAAAUACGCGUGGAUGACAUAGCGUUUUCCAUUUGUGUGGAUAAUUUUGGCUGCUGGUGCCCAAUGUAUCAGAGUUGCCUGGUCUUGCAAAACACACCAAAAGCUUCUAGCCACCAAAAAUAUUUAGUAGGCUUAACUCGCCUCAGUAACUCUGAUACAUUCGCCACUAAUUGAUGCACUAGCGGAUUUCCCAAGGAUUGGCAGGGACUUUACAUGUUUUCACCAACUUCAGCUUUCUUUUGAAGUACUGGUAUGAUGUCCUGGAGUUUUUGUGUUUUCUCUCUCUAGGGUGCAUGGAUCUUACGAACAGCUCUGGGCAGGCCAGGUUGCUGAUGCUCUCGUGGAUCUGACAGGAGGCCUAGCGGAGAGGUGGUCCCUAAAAGACCCAGGCCGGAGCACAGAAAGGGAGAGGGCAGGAAAAGUUUUGGAGAAGGCGGUAUUUAGGAGACUGAUGAACUUGAAAGAGAAAUGCGUGAUGAGCUGCUCCGUCUUCAGCUCACGGCAAGGUAAACAUGCAGCUCUUUAAAGCCUGUUCAGUCUCAGAAUUUAGCUGGGCAAGAAGCCUGUGGAUGGCCAGGCCGCUUUCUGAAAUGCGUCUGUUGUAAGCGGUUUUCAUUUUCAAGGUUUUGACAAUCACACCCUUGUAUUUCAUUCGAAAUCAUAAUCUAAAACACAGUACAGUAACCAGAAGCGUAACUAAAACCAUUAGCGAUACUGUUACUCUGUAUAGUUACUCUGGCUGCACUGAAGUUUUCUGCAAAUAAAUAAGACCUUGAAUUGAUGCCUGGAGAAAGAUAAUAGGAAGGGGGUGUUGGCGAAUGGCCCCCUCGGGAAAGGCUGACUCCUCUUCCCAGGCACUGGGGCCUGUUGCCGGUGAUCUGCCCCUGGCUGGUCUUCGGUCAGUCCAGGGAGAUCGGUAAUAAGUGACACUCCCCUUUUGAGAGAUGCACACUGCCUUUCCCCUUGCAUGUCAGCAGAAGAAAGAAAAACAGUCUGAAAGUAGUCUAAUCCAUUCUACUUUAUUCCCGGACUGUACACUGUACACGAGCUUGCACAAAGCAUGUCUGCUCUCUCAGAAACCUCCGUACAACUCACUCACUCCCCCUUUGCAGCAACAACAGGAAGGUCUCAAGUUACACUGAGAACACAACCCUGAGAAGAGCGUUGAACAUCCUGUCUCACGCUCAGAAACAUCAGAUGAAUCACAUGGUGUAAACAAUGAGCUGCUAGUUCGCAGCUGCUGAGCACUCAUAUCCCAGCAGGGGGUUUCAUAAACUGGGAGCUGCCAUUGCAAAGAGAUGAUGUUUGCAUGUCUGUGGGGCAUUUCUUCCCCCUCUCCCCGGGGGUGAAAUGAAUGCUGCUCAUUUUUGAAACCACUGCUUGCCUUCUCCGCAUGCCCAGGUACCAGCGAACUGGGGGAGUUCCAUGCCUUCAUCGUUGUGGACAUGCAGGACCUCUCCAAAGUGUCCCGGAAGGAGAUCAUCCUGCUGCGGAUCCGUAACCCCUGGGGGAGGCGUUGCUGGAAAGGGCCCUGGAGGGAGGGGUGAGUGGGUGUUCCACAUGCCAGUUUCUUAAGGAUGCCCCUGUGCCGUGCUUUUGUCCCUGCCUGGGCCUGCAUCGGAUGCCAUUUGCAAACACCAUAAAUGCUUCUUCAGGUCUGUCCUCAAACCAGGAAGCGAGUUGCUUAUAUCGGUUCGGGAGGAUUCUUCAUACAUUGGUAGUGGUGGCAGAAUUCUUAAUUGCCCCAUUCGCAGCCCAGUUCCCUUCUUUGAAGGGCUGUAAAGGGGGACAUUGACGACUGGUUGAGGCUGGUAGGGUAGGAUGCAGGGAGCCCAACCCUAGGUGGCGCUAGAGCCCAUUGACAGGCAGAGCCAGCUCAUCCUAGUUCCGCCCCCAUCCCUUCUGAGCCCUACAAAGGCAACAUGGAGGCUAAGGAGGAGGAAGCUGACAACCAGGGCCACCUUCUGGACUGCUUGGAAGUAAGGAGGCAGGCAGGUGGGGGCUGGCUGAGGUUGGUGGGGCAGUGCGCCCCAGUGGGAAGAGGGUUAUAUUUUUGCUAACGUGCUCGCCAAGGAGAAGACAGUAAAUGUAGACCUACCUUUGCUGCUUGUUACUGGCCUGUGUGCCAACAACCAUUCUCGUCUUUCUGCUUCUGCGCCAAUGAAGCAUGGCAAUUUUUGGCUCUUUCUGUCGGGUCAAACCAGACGUAGAGUGGGAGAUGCCCAGACAGGCUGUCUCUCAGGAAGGUGUCCAGGUGGGGAAGAGGACAGAGCCCCUUCCUCCACCUUAAGGACUUGUGGACAAGACGAACUUUCAGACGGCAUACCUUGUCUUCUAUACACCUCUUAAAACCACAGGAGCCAUAGUUCUCCUUUUCACCCGGGAGCCCAACUUGCCAGCCCAGUUGGCAUUCAGCAUCCUCGGGCAGAUGCCUAGGGACCAGUGGUCUGGCAGGAGCCAACACUGUGCUUGCCCUGGCCUCUCUCUUGUAGGGUGUCUUGGAGGUGCCAUUUUAAUUUCCCUUCCCCAGUGCCCUGGAUGUAGCAUUAGUCCUGGGGCGUUGUGGGAAAUUAAAAUGGCAGCUUCCAUAUUAAUUUCCCACUGUGCCUCAGAGUGACAUUGCAGGGCUAGUUGAGGGGAAAUUUCUAUUUUGCUGUAGGGACUUAACCUUUUGUAUUUCGUUAAAAGUACCGUGUCCAGUGUUUCCCAAGUUUGGAUCUCCAGCUGUUUUGGGACUACAGUGGUACCUCGCAAGACGAAUGCCUCGCAAGACGAAAGAGUUUUUCGUUUUUUGAGUUGCUUCGCAAGAUGAAUUUCCCUAUGGGCUUGCUUCGCAAGACGAAAACGUCUUGCAAGUUUGUUUCCUUUUGGAUUUUCAAUGCAUUCCUAUGGGAAACCGUGCUUCGCAAGACGAAAAAUUCGCAAGACGAAAAAACUUGCAGAACGAAUUAAUUUCGUCUUGUGAGGCACCACUGUACAAUUCCCAUCAUUCCUGACCACUGGUCUUGCUUGCUGGGGAUGAUGGGAGUUGUAGUCCAAAAACAGUUGGAGACCCAAGUUUGAGAAACACUGAACGACAUUGUGAAUAAUGAUAAUAGUAAUAAUAAAAAAUGUAUCUAUUAUUACAUUUAUUACAUUUAUACCCCAUAUCUCUCCCCCUCUCCAUUUUAUCUUCACAACAAUCCUGUCAGGUAGAUAAGGUUGAGAUUGAGUGAUUGGCCCAAAGUCACCCAGUGAGCUCAGCAGGGAUUUGAACCCUCCCAGGUCCUUGUCUGGCACUCUAACCCCCCCCACUGACAUUCAUUUUUCUCCUUGUUGCUUCUUGUUCUUCAGUGGUCCAGGGUGGAGCCAACUGGACCCUGUGGUUGCUGCUGAGCUGUUGUCCCAGAUCCAGGAAGGAGAAUUUUGGGUCGAAGAGGAGGAGUUCUUUGCGGAAUUUGAUGAGAUCAUAACAGGGUACCCGAUUACUGAAGAAGGACAGCUUCAGAGCCUUUACACCGGUAGGACGCAAGGAAAGCGAUGCAGUCUCCCCUUGACCCCAAAUGCUGCUCUGGCUCAGUGAUGCUAUGUGUGCAUACCGUAUUUUUCGCUCUAUAAGACGCACUUUUUCCCUCCUAAAAAGUAAGGGGAAAUAUGUGUGCGUCUUAUGGAGCAAAUGCAGGCUGCGCAGCUAUCGCUGAAGCCAGGAGAACAAGAGGGAUUGGUGCGCACCGAUUCCUCUUGCUCUCCUGGCUUCAGGGAUAGCCGCGUGAAGCCUCCUGAGCGCAGCGGGAGCGCUCCUCCCGCUGUGCUCAGGAGGCUUUGCGUUGCUUUCUCCUGCCGCUUCUCUGAAGGGGUGCUAAACAGAGAGGGAGAGAAUAUUUUUUUUCUUGUUCUCCUCUAAAACUAGGUGCAUCUUAUGGUCGGGUGCGUCUUAUAGAGCAAAAAAUACGGUAUUUUUUCCCCCAUCUCUCCCCACAGACAGAGUGCUGAGCCACACGCAGAAGCUGUACGGGUCCUGGGUGAGGGGCCAGUCCGCAGGCGGUUGCCGCAACAACAGCACCUUCCCCACGAACCCCAAGUUCUGGCUGAGGGUCUUUGAGCAGAGCGAGGUGUGCAUUGCCCUCCUGCAGAAACACCGCAAGCACAGCACCGACUGGGCGGGCAGGAUCCGCAACUGGCCCCGCUUAGUGGAAGCGGAUCCUGCUUUAAACGAUGGCAUCCGAGGCAAAAAUUACCACGCGGUGGGACUCCACAUAUGGAAGGUAACAAGCAGCUAGGGUGGGGAUCUGGGCCGCCUCCUUAUACAGAAUGUUUCUUUUUUUAAAAUACAAUUAUUUAGUUUUUCAGUUUAAAGUUUUACAGUCAAUUAUCCUGCAACCAACAGAAAGACAAGGUUCUCCUGAACUUCCCUCUUUCCCUUUGUGGGUCCUUUUGUUAACCAUUUCCUCCUGCAUCUUUUAUAAUAAUCCAAAGCUUUUACAUCUCCAUUAUAUCCAAAAUUCAACAUUAAACUACAAGUGUUAUUCCAAUCCUACUAAUGAUUUUAGCUGUUUACAGUGGUUUUUAAGAUAAAUUAUAGUUUUUCCCCAUUCCCUGUUAAAAUUUUGGUCUUCCUGAUUUCUGAUUCCAAAAAAAUGUUCAGAAACUGGAACACUCACAUUCAGCAACUAAGCCAUUCGAGAUCCAAGGUAUGACUGUAGUUUUAUCUUGUGAACUGCCCUGAAAUGUAUGGGUGGUAGGCGGUAUACAAAUUUAAUAAAUAAUAAUACUGCUGAGCACAAAACCUGUUCUAAGGUCAGAUUAUGGGGGCUUUCUUUGUAUACAUUGCAGUAGGUUCCUGGGGCAAAGCACAAACAGCUCUUUCCAGGGGACAUGAAUGCUUUUGUGUUCCUGCUUUGUGUUUGCCUUGACCACUUGUAAGAAGAAGAAGAAGAAGAAGAAGAAGAAGAGUUUGGAUUUGAUAUCCCGCCUUUCACUCCCCUUCAGGAGUCUCAAAGCGGCUAACAUUCUCCUUUCCCUUCCUCCCCCACAACAAACACUCUGUGAGGUGAGUGGGGCUGAGAGACUUCAAAGAAAUGUGACUAGCCGAAGGUCACCCAGCAGCUGCAUGUGGAGGAGCGGAGAUGCGAACCUGGUUCACCAGAUUACAAGUCUACUGCUCUUAACCACUACACCACACUGGCUUACAAAGUAAGACUUUGUAAGACCUCUGCAACACUGCCAUCGCUUUUCCACCCUCCAGGUCGAAAAGAAACAGUUCAGCCUCCCAAAGACGCUCUCUGCUCCUCCAGUUUCCAGCACCGUUUGCCACUCCUACAACCGAGAGGUGCACCUGCAUUGUGACCUCCCUCCUGGCUAUUACCUGGUCAUCCCCAGCACCUUCCUGAACGAUGCUGAGGGCAACUUCCUGCUUCGGGUCUUCUCCAGCGGAAGAAUCUCCCUCAGGUGCAUCCAAAAGAAAGGAAAUGCAGCGUGGGGAGGGAGGGUGGUACAUGAGUCCAUCUAACUCAGUUUUGCCAACUCUGGCUGGCAGCAUCUCUCCGCAGUUUCAGACACAAGUUCUGUCCUGGGGAUGCUGAGGGUUGGGAAGCAGGUGCUGUGCCACCGAGCUUGGCAGUUUGUGUGAAACUUACCUGUGUCUUGAGAUUCCCCACCCUGUGACUUAAAUAAUGGUGGGCACUGUUACUGCAAGUGCUAUAUCACAGAAUCGUAGAGUUGGAAGGGACCCCAGGGGACAUUUAGUCCAACCCCAGCAAUGCAGGAAUCUUAACUAGUUCGUACAUGACAGACAGCCAUCCAGCCUCUGCUUAAAAUCCUCAAGGGAUGGAGAGUCCAUGACUUAAGGGAGACUAUUCCACUGUCAAGCAGCUCUUACUGUCAGAAAGUCCUUCCUGAUGUUUAGUCGGAAUCUCCUUUCCUGUAACUUGAAUCCAUCGGUUCGAGUCCUACCCUCCAAGACAACAAGCUUGCUCCAUCUUCUGUGUGACAGAUACUUGAAGAGGGCGAUCAUAUCUCAUCUCAGCCUCCUCUUUCCCAGGUUGAACAUGCCCAACUCCCCCAACAAGGGGACAAACGUUCUGCCGGUAGGAGCUGUUCAACAGUGGAACCAACUCCCUCAGCAGUUUGUGGACUCUCCUUCACUGGAGGUUUUCAAACUAGAGGUCAGAUGGCCAUCCGUCAGGGAUUCUUCAGCUGUGAUUCCUGCAUUGCAGGAGGUUGAACUAAAGGUUCUUGGGGUUCCUUCCAAUUCUACAGUUCUAUGAAAAGCCACUAAGAGGUCAUCAAGCAGUGCGGUUCCCCCUCCAAAAUCAGGUCUUAAGCCAGGUUGGAGUGGGCAGGAGCAGGAUAUAAAUUUAUUUUAGAGAAGCAUAACAUGUCCAGAUGAAUCUCAAUUUAAGGGAUCACAUAUGGGUUUGGUGACCCAUGUUCUUCUUCUUUUGGCGAUCCCUUGUAGCUGAGUAAGAUUGUCUUCCAUUAACUCGGUUUUUAACAGUGAGUCCGUGAGUGACCGUGGAGGCCAAUUCUGGAUCCACAUGUCCUUCCACAGUGGGGACAUAGGUUUCCGGGCGGGAGUUGAUCAUGGGGACGGUUUUCCAAGCAUGCCUUCCUCUUAGCAUGUUUCUCCCUUUCUUCCUGAGUUCAAGCAUCUUCAAAGCCCACGACACCUUUGGUAAAGGCUGUUCUCCAACUGGAGCGCUCACAGGCCAGUGUUUCCCAGUUGUUGGUGUUUAUACUACAUUUUUUUAGAUUUGCCUUGAGAGAGUCUUUAAACCUCUUUUGUUGUCCACCAGUAUUACGCUUUCCAUUUUCUGACCAAUGGGGGUUGACCUUUUAACGCAGAACCACCAUGAUGGGUUCUGUGGUCUAGAAGUGUCCUUUGUUAACCCUACUUCUCUCCCUUCUCUCCCCCAUCUCUUCUCUUUCCCUCCUCGCCUUGCCUUUGUAGUGAGAUAAAACUCCCGUCGCCCGACAACGCCAUCCGCGAAGAGCUCCCGGGGGGUGAAUGGGACACAGCCCGGCUGGAGGGCUGCUGGAGGAAAGGGCAGAACGCCGGUGGCAGCCGCAACUUCCCAUCCUUCCACACCAACCCCUGCUUCCCUUUCUCCGUCCCCACAGGCGUGGGGCAGAGCAGCAUCAAGAUUGCCCUCCGCCAGCACUGCCCAGAUAACAAGUGCCGCCCAAUAGGGUUUCACAUCUUCCAGGUAGGAGACCUCAAGGACCGGCUCUCCCCAUAUGAACUGACCGGGUCCUGCAUUCAUCUUCUGAUGCCCUUCUUCGUGUGCCUCCUUCACCGGAGGUCCAGAUGGUGGCAACACAAGAACAGGCGUUUUCUGCCGUGGCUAACCGUGAUUAAGAACCCACACCAUGGUUGGAGCUUCCAUAAGUACAACCGAUAAACCAUGGUUUGGAACUGCUUCUCUCUCUGCUUCUGUGUCUCUGUCUUUGUUUGUCUUUCUCUCUCUCUCCUUUCUUCUUGGGACUGUCCCUCAUCAGUUCAAUUCCUCCCUGAGGCAGACCAGUAGCUGCAAAUGUGGUUUAUCAGCCAUCUUUGAAUUUGGGCAUAAAAGCAAACUGCGGUUAGCGCAAGCUGUGACUUGCAAACCCCUGUUUCAGAUGCUGGUUUCUUGGCCUGAAACAAACCAUGGUUUGUGGGCAGGCUUCAGUUUUGUGUUACAAUUGAGCCCAGCUGUUGACUUAAGGGAGUCGAUACCUGAGGGUCACAGGGAAGCCAUCUUAACAGCCUGCAAUCCUUUUUAGGUCCCCAGCGACAACAACAACGUGAAAAUGCCUUCGUCUGCCUUCCUGCACUUGGAGCCAGUGGUUAGUUGUGUUCCCCAUUGCUACUCGCAGGAAGUAAGCCAGCUGUGCCGCCUCUCUUCAGGGAAUUACGCCAUUGUUCCUUCUACGUAUUUGCCAGAUACAGAAGGCAGCUUCACGGUGAUCGUAGCUACCAAAAUAGACAGGUAAAGCCAUGUUUGCUUCUGUUAGAUCAGUGUUCCUGAACCUGUUGCCUCCCAGAUGUUUGGAAAGAUCAACUCCCAUCAGCUCCAGCACGAUGAGAGUUGGAGUGUCAAAAUAUCUGGAGACAACCAGGUUCAGAAUACAGUGGUACCUUGGUUCUCGAACGGCUUAGUUGUCGAACAAAUCAACUUCCAAACGCUGCAAACCCGGAAGUAAGUGUUUCUGCGGCUUCCGAUUGAGUGCAGGAAGCUGUGCCUUGGUUUUUGAACGGUUUCAGGAGUCGAACGGACUCCUAGAACGGAUUAAGUUUGAGAACCAAGGUACCACUGUACAUGGAUGUCUUUGCAAAACAUGACUGGGCACCUGCCUUGUCUUGUCUCCCCCCAUUUUGGCUGGGGAGUCCUGUUCUUUGAGAGUCCUGUUCUAGGAACUGAUCCACACUACAAACAUAAAACAAUUUUUCACUACUAGGUUUUUAAAAGUAAUUUUAAUAACAUAACAAAAUGCACAGAAUAUCACGUACACCAAUGAACAAUCCAUACUACAGUGGUACCUCAGGUUAAGUACUUACUUCGUUCUGAAGGUCCGUACUUAACCUGAAACUGUUCUUAACCUGAAGCACCACUUUAGCUAAUAGGGCCUCCCGCUGCUGCUGCGCCGCCGGAGCAUGAUUUCUGUUCUCAUCCUGAAGCAAAGUUCUUAACCUGAAGCACUAUUUCUGGGUUAGCGGAGUCUGUAACCUGAAGCAUAUGUAACCUGAAGCGUAUGUAACCCGAGGUACCACUGUAAUAAAUAAUAAAAACAUAAUACCUUAUUUUUCUGUGUAUAAGAUGCCUCCAUGUAUAAGAUGCCUCUAUUUUGGGGGACUCCAAAUGAAGAAAACACCCCUCAGCACUACCCGUGUAUAAGAUGAGCCCCAAUUUCAAACCUAAUUUUUUGGUAAAAAAACCCUAGUCUUAUACAUGGAAAAAUACGGUAUAUUUGACUUCCUUUAAGUAAUGUCUUCUUUUGAAAUGUGUUCUCUCAUUCUUAUUUAUAUUUAUAUUUAACUUUGCCACAUUUUGUGGUUGACCUCCUUUGUAAUGUUUUAUUUUGAAAUCUAUGUGCUCUGGCUUCCAUCAUGGUGUUCUGUUGUGCCAGAAGUCCUGCUGGCCACAUGACCUGGAAAGCUGUCUGUGGACAAACACCGGCUCCCUCGGCCUGAAAGUGAGAUGAGCGAUGCACUCCAUAGUCGCCUUUGACUGGACUUAACCGUCCAGAGCUCCUUCACCUUUACCUUACCUAUUUUGAAAUCUUUAAGAUAAUAUUUUAUUGAUGCCAAUGGUGCCAGUGUAAGCAAUGUAAAAAAUAGAUAACUAUUUCCCAUUCUCAACAGAAAUUGCCAUUUGUAGCUCAUGUUUUCAUUAGCCCCUCUAAUGGCAAAGUCGGGUGGUGAGUGUUAGCAAGGUGUGAAGCAAAAGAAGAAGCAGCAGCAAAAAAUGGCUCCUUCAGGAUAUCUCUGAAGCUGUUGGUGAAUGAUGUAGGACUGGCCCUACAUUGUAUUUUGCAAUAGUAAUAUCUUCUUUUGCACAGGAAGAGCAUUCGGAGCAAGGAGACCUUGGGGCAAAGGCUGCAAGAGGCAAGUGGCACUUUUGAAAAUCAGUUCAUGUUAAAUUAAUUGUGUUUUUAAUUGCAUUUUUAAAUUCUCAGCUUGGCACAGGAGGCAGUCGCUUAGAGCAGCAUCAGGCCAUCCUGGUGCCUUCCAGCUGUUUUUGACUACAACUCCCAUCAGCCCCAGACAGGGGGGCACCAGGUUGGCUGAGGCUGACUUAGAGCACGCCCCGAUUCCAAGAGCGGACAGCAUCAAUAGGAGUAUAGCAUCUAGAUCAAGGGCGUGAUGUCAUUUUGCGCAUCUGCGCAAGUGGCGAAACCUGGAAGUAACCCUUUCCAGUACUUCUGGGUUGCCAUGGGAUGCAACAUGAAAACACGUAACCUGAAGCAAACGUAACAAGAGGUAUGACUGUAAUUAUACUAAUAAUAAUCCCUUUCUCUUUUAAUGCACUGCACUGGCUGCCAAUUAGUUUCCAGGCCCAGUUCAAAGUGCUGGUUUUGACCUGCAAAGCCUUAAAUGGCUCAGGACUGCAGUACCUCAAGGACCUCUUCUCCCCAUGUAAACCACCCUGGACCCUGAGAUCAUCCUCUGGGGCCCUCCGUGUGCCCCUCCCCCGAAUGACCCAGGGACUUUCUGCCUCAGCUGACUCUGGGCACCCUGUUACUGCAGACAUGGCUCCCAGGGGUGCCCUUCUCCCCUGCCCUUGCACUUCCUGGGCACGUCCAGACUGUCGUUCUUUUUGGGUGGGAUUCCAGCACACACAGGGAAAUUCAGAUUGGGCAAUUGUAGCUGACUGUGCAGUCCCCGAGUUUCCCCAAGAGAAACAUUGUGCAAUAAGGAAAGUGAGGGGGAAAUGCAGAGGAGAGUGCAGGGCAACUUGCUUGCUUUGAGGCAACACUAUCUAACCUUCCCAGAAACAGUAGCCAAUGUCAUUCAAAAGCCAGUGUUGCCUAGUCUCCCUGCAAACAAAUUGGGGUGAAUACUGAACAGACAGACUGUCUGGAAGAGACCUUGGAGGCGGGCUCUUCUGGACCUUUCAAGUGCUCUGAGAAAUGACCACUGGAGUGGCUCAGAAGACAACGUGAACGAGAGGAAAGGAGAAAUGCAGCGGCAGGUGAUGCCUUCUGCCUGUCGCGGUCCAGUAUACCUGAAGGAGCAUCUCCAGCCCCAUCGUUCUGCCUGGAAACUGAGGUCCAGCUCCGAGGGCUUUCUGGCGGUUCUCUCCCUGCGAGAAGCCAAGUUACAGGGAACCAGGCAGAGGGCCUUCUCAGUAGUGGCACCCGUCCUGUGGAAUUCCCCCCUCCACCAGAGAAAAACAACUGCCAGACUUUUAGAAGACAUCUGAAGGCAGCCCUGUUUAGGGAAGCUCUUAAUGUUUAAUAGACUAUUGUAUUUUAAUAUUCUGUUGGAAGCCGCCCAGAGUGGCUGGGGAAACCCAGCCAGAUGGGCGGUUGUUGUUGUUGUUGUUAUUAUUAUUAUUUAUUAUUAUGAACAAGCCUGCCCCGGGGUUGGAUCAGGCCAAACUGCCACCUCUUUUCAUCUUAUCAUAGGAUUGCAUAUUUGGAAGGGACCCUGAGGAUCGCCUAGUCCCAUACGGGGAUCGAACCUGUGACCUUGGCGUUACCAGCACCAUGCUCUAACCAACUGAGCUAUCCUUUCUAUUUCCCAAGGAAGUUAUAAGGAGCCCGAAAGAGCCCUUUGGGUUGGCGUUGCUAAUCUGACCGAAAAUCCCAGAGCAAAUCUAAUAGCAAAACACUCCAGGCACCCCCAUAAUUGUUCUGCCCCCCCAUCUUCCCACCAUAAGAAAAAGGGGAAUACAGUCUCCAAAUAGGAUCCUGCUGCAUGUCUUCUUGAGAGUCCCGAAUUUACAAGCCACCCUGGUACUAAUUUGCUGGUCUGUGAGCUGCUUUGGUCAUGUUAAGCUGACUUUGUAAAACGAAGGGAUGGGGAACCCGUGACCCUCCAGAUGUUGAGGGACUCCAGCUCCCAUCAGCCCUUGCAACCAGCAGAGCCAAGAGGCUGGGGACGGUAGGAGUUUUAAUUCAGCAACAUCUGGAGAACCACAAAUCCCUCAUCCCUGCUUUAAAAGCAUUGACAUCCCUUCCAGUUGUGCUCUUACAGCUUUUGUUGCCUAUGUGUAUAGAUUUCUUAGAACAAUAAAAAGGCUUUUAAAAUCACUCCUGAAAAUAGCCGUUUAAAUAAGUUGCCAGCAGUUGUGAUUUAUGAGUUGGAUGAGCAAGGCAGAGAGUAGCCAGGUAUAACAUCCGAAGGGGGUGGGUGGCGAAGAGGCUUUUUAAAGCCUUGCUGGUCUUACAACAACUCUGUGAGGUAGGUCAGUGUUAUUAUACUCAGAGCCAGACAGCCAAAUCUCCACUCCUCUGUGGACAGUUCUUACUUGGGUUGUUUUUAAAUCACCAUGGAGAAGCCUUAGCAGAGCCAAGAAAUACAGACCUAGAAUAUCCCUUUUUAAAGCUUAUUUCUACAGAGCAACCUUCGUAAUUUUCCAAACACGCUUGUGCAGGCCAGAAUUCUUGUGGGGGUCAGUUGAGUGCAAGUUAGACACAACACAUAUUCAAAAGUAGUUCCUUAAUGCCACACACUGUUUCUCCAGAGUCGUACAUGCUACGGUUGUCUCCCGCUUGGACUACUGCAAUGUGACUCCAUGUGGGGCUACCUUUGAAGGUGCCUCGGAAAUCACAACUAAUCCAGAAUGCGGUUGCCAGACUGGUGACUGGGAGUGGGCACCAGGACCACAUAACACCAAUCCUGAAAGACCUACAUUGGCUUCCAGUACGUUUCUGAGCAUAAUUCAAAUUGUAGGUGCUGACCUUUAAAGCCCCAAAUGGCCUUGGCCCAGUAUACCUGAAGGAGCGUCUCUACCUCCAUCGUUCUGCCCGGACACUGAGGUCCAGCUCCAAGGGCCUUCUGGUGGUUCCCUUACUGAGAGAAGUGAGGUUACAGGAAAGCAGGCAGAGGGCCUUCUUGGUGGCGGCGCCCUCCCAUCAGAGAUAAAUACAGUGGUGCCCCACAAGGCGAAUGCCUCGCAAGACGAAAAACUCGCUAGACGAAAGGGUUUUGCAUUUUUUGAGUCGUUCCGCAAGACAAGUUUCCCUAUGGGCUUGCUUCGCAAAACAAAACGUCUUGCGAGUUCUUGCGAGUUUGUUUCCUUUUUCUUAAAGCCGCUAAGCCGUUAAUAGCCGCUAAGCUGCUAAUAGCCGUGCUUCGCAAGACGAAGAAACCGCAAGACGAAGAGACUCACGGAACGGAUUAAUUUCGUCUUGCGAGGCACCACUACUACGCAACUUGUAGAAGACAUUUGAAGGCAGCCCUGUGUUGAAAAGUGUUUUAUUAUGUUUUAUUAUGCUUUUAUAUGUGUUGGAAGCCACCCAGAGUGGCUGGAGCAACUCCCCAACUCCUAACAUAAAUCUAGCAUCAACAAACAAUGUAAGUCUUCUCCAAGACAUAUAACACGACUUGAAUGAUCAAGUCAGCUAAGUGGGCACACAUCUUACCCCUUCCAGAGAGGUUUGGGAUGUUAUUGAAUGAUGCAGCCCUGGUAGCUGUGAGCUCAGGUGUGUUGCUUCAUUGACGAGCUAAAAUCUGCAUUAAAAGGCCCUUAGCACCCAAUUCAGACUCCACCCUAGAAGCACCUCUCUCUCUAACUAGCAUCCGUGUACUGAAAGCCCUCUCUGGACAUAUCAGGAGGACUAGGCACUCUGCUUGUUUAUAAGAGCGCAGCUUCUCUGAAUUCCAUGCCAUUCGUGUCAGACAUCUUGACUGUGGAUUUAUCCUUUGGACUCUUUCUUGAAGGCUUUGGGACGGGGCGGGGGGGGAGUCCACAAAACAGCAGUUUUCUGUUUUUGUUUCCAACAGCGUGCAUGUUUGUUUUUCUUUCAUUCUGCAGGUCUCCUUCAAAGCUGUGAUGAAAAUGUAA